AUGAGAAUAUGUGCAGGAAACUGGAAGAUGAAUGGAACUGCAGAGACAGUCAAAAGAAUCUCUGAGGAGAUGAACAGGGAAGAGUUCGCACACACGGAAGUGAUAAUAGGUGUACCAUACACUCUUUUGAUGGAGGCAAGGAGCAAGUUCAAUCUUUCGUACAAAAUAGCAGCACAGACGAUCUGCGCAUACGCACAGAAAGGAGCAUACACGGGGGGAGUAAGUGCCAGCCAGGUGAAAGACGCUAAGGCUGAGGUUGUUAUAGUAGGGCACUCAGAGCGCAUAAAAUAUUUUCAGGAAACGAAUGAAGAAGUAGAAGCCCAGCUGGGAUACGCCCUGGAAAGCGGGCUGGAAGUGAUUCUGUGCAUGGGAGAGACAGAAGAAGAGAGAAAAGAAGGACGAACAAUGGAAAUAAUCAGUAAAAGACUGUCCAUACUGAAGAAAGUAGUGGAUAAAACAGAUAAAACACUGCAAGUAGUAGUGGCGUAUGAGCCAAUAUGGGCAAUAGGAACAGGAAAGGUGCCCAGCAACCAGGAAAUAGAAGAAGUGGUGAGUGCAAUCCAAAAAGAGAUGGGCGAAGAAAUAAAAGGAGUUCUCUACGGAGGAUCAGUAACGAAAGAGAAUGCAAAGGAUCUCUUAAAAAUAAACAGUCUAUCAGGGUUUCUUGUAGGCAACGCAUCGCUUACCACUGAUUUCGUAGAAAUAUGCAAAAGAUGCGAUGGCAGAUAG